AUGGCUACCGUUAUCAUUCAGCCAGGCUACUCCCCUGAUCUCCAGACCCCAACCCUCUCCCCAUCCCCCAUAUCCGGUCCCCGCGUACGGAAUGGAGUUAGCUGUGACGCUUGUCUCCGCAGAAAGAGCAGGUGUGCCAUGAACGAGAUGGUCAACAAGUGUUACUCCUGCGAUUUUCAUCGCCAGGAAUGUACCUUCACCCUCACCGGCGAGUCCAAGAAGAGGAAGCUCUCAGACCAGCCGGAGGCUGUAAAACGACAAGCUAUACAAUCCCAAUCCCAUACUCAAUCCCAAUCUCAACCUCAAGCUCUGCCCCAACCGCAACCGCAACCGCAACCCCAAUCGCAGCAACCAGCCAGCGUCGACGUGGCGCACCCGCACGCAUUGAACAUGAUCCGCCCAGGCUUCUUCAACCAGUCCACGCAGCAUAUUGGCAUGACCACGGAGCUAGAACCGACCCUGCUAGAGUAUCUCCCGCUAGAUCAAUAUGACGAAUGUACCGUGUCGAACUCGCGCGUGCGCAAGUGCGCCGAUGACGGCACCUUUAUGCGAGUGGUGGAUACCCCCGGGGACGCCCACGCCAUCUCGGUGGAUGCCAUUGAGAGCUUGGUGGCGCCCUACGGCGCAACCUUGAUCGAGAAAUUCUUCGACCACGUGCACCCGUCGUUCCCCAUUAUGAUCGAGGAAGCCUUCCGGCAGUCCUACCGGGAGCGCCGGGGGUUGUCCCCGCUCCUCCUGGCCUCGGUCUAUGUCUUGACGUUGAAGUUUGUGGAUGUAGGAGCGACCUCGCAGACGGCCCGCAAGCCCGAUGCCGCACGGCUGGAAGCCACCGCGUUGAAAUUACUCAUGGAAUCACUGCCCUCGCCCAGUGUGUCGACUAUCCAGGCUGGACUCUUGCUGACGCAGAAGUCGACGUUGGCGACGGCGUCCCUGAACGGGCAAUUGGUCACGGCCGGGUUUGAGGUGGGUCUGCAUCAGGACUGCACGAACUGGCGGAUGGAGACGUGGGAGAAGGGUCUCCGCAAGCGAUUGGCUUGGGCUUUGUAUCAGCAGGAUAAGUGGUCGUCCCUGGUGAACGGCCGGCCCUCGCAUAUCUUUGCCUUCAAUUGGACGGUCAAGGAUCUGGUGGAACAGGACUUCUCGGAUGCUUUUGCGUCCGGCACGGAUUCUUCACACGACGAGACAGCCGUCGGUCACGGCCCUCUGCUCUUCUGCCACAUGGUGGCCCUGACGACCAUUCUCUCCGACAUCCUAGACAGAUUCUACACACUCCACGCCAUUGAGGAGUUUUCUGCGGCUGGAAACCAGCGCACGCGAAUGAUCCUCGAGAAAGCCAAACCGGCACAAAUCCGCUUGAAAGACUGGUUUUCGUCCCUCCCUCCUUCUCUUAAGAUGGAGACCUCAACCGGCGAACUCGUCGAAACCAUCACAGACGAACACGCCCGCAACGGCGCUCUCCACCUUGCCUACUUCGCCACUGAAAUCACAUUGCACCGCUGCAUCGUCCGUUCCCUGCUCGCCGAGGGCACAGACCCCUACCUAGCGCACAUUUGCCGCUCAGCCGCCAAAACGCGCCUGAUCUCCGCAAUGGACUUCGUGAACCGUCUCCGCCCAGCCCAUCUGCACUCCUUCUGGCCCGCCUCAGCCCGCACCAACUUCUCCCUCAUCGGCUCAUUCGGCAUGCUCCUCCGCAUCACAGCCCCAACAAACGAGGAAGCCGAGUUCUACCGCGUCCGUCUAUGCGAGUAUCGCUGGACUCUAGGCGUCAGCCACAAAAACGCCGCAUUCAUGGGCUUCGCGCUCCAAAGUCUCGACAACGCAACCGCGCUCCACAAGCACGUUCCCGCUAAGCCGGGCAUCGACGAGCUCAUGGCCGGCUCGAAGAAUGCUCCCCAGCGAAUGCCUGCUACCACGCACGCCUCUUACGACGACGCAAUGAUGGACGCCGGGACUUCCAGCUCGGUUAUCUCUGGCCUUGCUUCCCCUGCUACUUCUGUCAGUGAUUUGGAAGAUGAGUCCAUGGCUCCUCUGUGA